GUUCUCAAUGCAGAGUGCAGUGAUGUGAGGUGUGCAUCCCGAAGAACGGCAGCAUGCAGUUGAUCUCCGGCCGCAGUCUCAUUCAGUAUCGCCUUCUGAACGUUGCAAGUACGCAGACAGUGGAAAGCAUUGCGCUCAAACUGGCUUGCUGAUCGCUGCUGAAAGGGAGGCGAAAUGGUAAAAUAUGACGGCUAGUUGGCUGAACCUGUGUUACGGGAACAAGUUUUGCGAACAAAAAUCAGCUGCUUUAUCUACACCAUUCGACUCGAGAGGCUUGCGCUGAUCUCGCCGCGAUUAGUGCUUAUUCACCUUCGAACGCGCGCGCACAAGAAUGGAGGUCAUCCGCCGAUGGUUCAGUUUACCGCAACAACCGAAGGACCUCAACGGAGCGGAAUCAGAGCAAGAGUAUCGGCAGCGAUGGAUUACGAUUCGUGUGGUGUACUUGAGCGGCUUUCUAAUGUUCCUAUCGUUCGGAGUGAUGACCACAAGCCUUUGGCCAUAUUUGGAAGAUAUGGAUGGAACGGCGGGAAAGCAUUUUUUGAGUGUUCUGUUUGCCGCACCACCUGCUGGACAAUUGUUGUUUAGUCCGCUGAUUGGCUGGUGCUCGAAUCGGUUAUCAUCUGUAAGGAUUCCUUUCGUGCUGUUGACGGCGAUAUAUGUCUUUGCCAACGGUCUGUACAGUGUUGUCGAGUUGUUCGCUGCACCACAUCGAAAGUAUGUGCUGCUAAUUGCUCGCAUCGCUUUCGGUGUAGCCACGUCGGUCAAUACGCUCAGUCGGGCGUACAUUUCAGCAGCGACCCAUCUCCACGAGCGCACCAAAACCAUCGCCAUGAGCUCCCUGGCGCAAACCCUAGGCCUUGUGGUCGGACCGAUCGUUCAAUCCUUGGUCUCAUUCAUAGGCAAAGAGGGUUUCUUGCUAUAUAACCUGCGAAUCAACAUGUACACGGCCAGUGGAUGGAUCUGCGCCUUGAGUGGAGUCAUGUAUCUGAUGCUUCUCACUCCGUCCACCUUCAUUGAUCGUGCUGUUGUACCGAACAAGGCACGAGACAUGAUCGGCAGUGAGACCGCCGAAAAAGUCACGAAACGGAGACCUCUAAAGCUUUUUCCCAUCGUGCUGGUGCUGCUAGGAUAUGGAGUGCUGAUGCUCUUCUACGUGUCUUUUCAAACGACCCUAUCUCCCUUGUCGUUGGAUCAGUUUGGUUGGAGUCAUGCGGAAUCUUUGUACUAUCUGGGGAUACUGCUGACGGCCGGAACGGUGUUCUCGUGUGUGAUAUUCUUACUCUUACCGCAGCUUUGCCAGCGAUACAGCGAACACAACGUGUUCCUGCUGUUUGCCAUGCUUCCACUAUUUCUGAGCCAAGCACUCAUGAUACCGUUUGGCAGCGACAAGGUGCCAAUGCAACAUCCGGCAAACGACACCAGUCCUGCGGUGCUUCACGGCUGUGCACAGGAAUGGUGCAAUACCGUGCCAGCAAUUGGCCAGCUUCAACUGACGCUUUCGUACGCCAUGCUGUCCGUAUCGUUCUCAGUUGGUAUUGCCAUUAGUCAGACGAUUCUCUCAAAACUGCUUGGCUCACGACCUCAGGGGCAGUGGAUGGCGCUAUACACGAGUAUUGGCGGUCUAACUCGAAUUAUUGGCCCGGGAGCCGCCCUAAUAUACACCAAAUACGGAACGUACUGGCUGUUCGGGUCGGGUGCGGUGGCAACCGGCUUGAUGCUCGCGUGGAUGUGGCUUCACAAGAACGAUCUCAGUACCGGCCAGAAAACGGAAUCUAGUGGAGGCGAAUUGCAGGAACUGAAUGGAGCCAAUUGAGUCGUGGUUGUUAAGAAAUUUUCCUCACACGCAAGGCGCUGUAUUUGGGUCGCUAUAACGUCUUGCACUAGUUCUGUUGGCGAUCGUUUGUUUUGUCGUGCAUAUUCAUUGCAUCUUCGAGGGUGUCGGGAAGCUCGACGUUGAGUGUCUCGGGGAAUUGGAGAAUGGCCACACCGGAAGUUAUACCCAGGCACCCAAAAAGGACCAUCGGCAGCGGUGCCCACAGUUUGGCCAGCAGCGGUGUUUGAGGAGCGAUCAUGGAUCCGAUGCGGCCAAACAUGGAGCACGUCGACAGUAAACUCUGGCGAAGAUUGGUGGGAAAUAUUUCGACUGUGUAGAUGUACAAUGUACCGAAAGACAUGGUGAUGGUGAGUUUGCUAAGCAAAAAUAGGAUCAAACGAAGCCACGUUGUAUCUGAAAAAAAAAACAUUACCAAGUUUAACAUGAUCUAACCUCCAGACAACCACCGAGAAUCUACUUACCCUCCGGAAUCAGUUCCGAUGCGAUGCACAGCAACCCACUGAGGAGCAUGGUGGUGAACAGAGUUUUCUUUCGACCGACACGAUCAAGGAUUAGUUGCAUAAGAAAGAAGCCAGGCAGUUCGAUAAGUGAAACGAGAAUAAAGUUAAGAUAUUUGUUC